CUGCCAACACAAACUUCCGCUCAUGUUUCCAAUGCGGCAACCCUGAGACUUUCUUUUUCUGUGCUCCGUCGAAAAGAGUGCUGUUGCGGAGGAGUUGCAGCAUCGAUUUGAGAGUGAAAAAUGGGGUUCGUGAAAGUGGUGAAGAACAAGCAGUACUUCAAGCGUUAUCAGGUGAAAUUCAAGAGGCGCCGCGAGGGACGCACGGAUUACUAUGCCCGGAAGCGUCUGACGUUCCAGACCAAGAAUAAGUACAAUACGCCCAAGUAUCGUCUUAUUGUGCGUCUGAGCAACAAGGAUAUUACAUGCCAGGUCGCCUACUCUCGCAUUGAGGGUGACAAGAUUGUCUGCGCCGCUUACUCGCAUGAGUUGCCCAAGUACGGAGUGAAGGUGGGUCUGACCAACUACGCAGCCGCCUACUGCACGGGACUGCUGGUGGCUAGGCGAAUCCUGCAGAAGCUCGGCCUGGACAGCCUGUACAGUGGCUGCACAGAGGUGACCGGAGAUGCGUACUACGUGGAGUCCCUGGAGGACGGCCCAGGCGCCUUCCGGUGCUUCCUGGACGUGGGUCUCAGCCGCACCACCACCGGCGCCCGCGUUUUCGGCGCCAUGAAGGGCGCUGUGGAUGGCGGACUCAACAUUCCGCACAGCGUGAAGCGAUUCCCCGGUUACAGUGCCGAGAGCAAGACCCUGAAUGCGGACGUCCAUCGCGCCCACAUCUUCGGCCAGCACGUGGCCAACUACAUGAAGAUGCUCGAGGAGGAGGACAACGAGGCGUUCAAGCGCCAGUUCAGCAAGUACAUCAGUCUCGGAAUCCGUGCUGACGAUCUCGAGGAGACGUACAAGAAGGCCCACGCCUCGAUCCGGUCUGAUCCCACCCACAAGAAGGUGGACAAGAAGCCGGUGACGAAGAAACGAUGGAACAAGGCCAAGUUGACUCUGGAGCAGCGCAAGCAGAAUGUUGCCGACAAGAAGGCUGCAUACUUGGCCAAGCUCCAAGCCGAAACCGAAGCAUAAUUGGGAUGAUCUUCGGGAUCUCUGGGCACUUCGCGUGUCCGGAGAACCAGUCCGAAUUGUAUGCUAUCGAGUGAAAAAUAAAAGAUGAAAAAAUA